GCCGUGAGCCAAACGGGAGGUCGUGCGCGGGCGGACUCACGAAGCGCAACAGGAGCUGGGCGCUCGCCUCGUCUCUAUCUUCUUUGUAAAGUUGGCAGGAGGAUGUAAAAGUUUGUCUCUAUUGACUUUGUCGUUCCUUUCCACGAUACAUAGUUUGUAUUUCGUUUCUCCUCUGCUGUGCAGUACAGAGUCUUCACCUUUUGGAAAAGUUGGUGGACUAUUCUACUGAAAUGGAGCGACUCAAGUUGAGGAUUAUAAGGUCCUGCUGGCUGGGACUUCUGGCUGCCUUAUGCUGCCUUUACCUCACCGAUACUUACAACCUGGACGUAGAGCACUCCGUGAACUUCAGCGGUCCUGAAGGAUCUCUUUUUGGAUAUUCUGUAUUAUUACACAAGCACAAGACGCAGAUGUGGCUGCUAGUUGGAGCCCCUGUCUCCAAUUCAACUUUCAAAACCUCAGCCCACAGUCCCGGAGCCAUUUAUAAAUGCAGCGUCUCGGAGAAGAGAGACUGCCAACAGAUACUAACAGGGGUGGAUAGCUGUGGGAAGACAUGCGAUGCCGAUAUUGACAACCAGUGGCUGGGAGUGAGCCUGUCCAGGCAGGGCAGCAAUGGGAGUGUGCUGGCCUGCGGCCAUCGCUGGAAGAACGUUUACUACGCCAAAAAGGAGAACCUGAACAACCUUCCUCACGGUGUCUGCUACCUCUACCACUCUGACCUCAAGCAGUCUCUGCCUCUCAUUCCCUGCUACAGAGAUUACCAGAAGAAGUUCGGGGCAGAUUAUGGUUCCUGCCAAGCUGGGAUAUCGCAAGCUGGGAUAUCCAACUUCAUGACAGAGAAACUGCUCAUCAUGGGCGCUCCAGGGACCUCCUACUGGACCGGCUCGGUGCUGGUGUACAACAUCUCCAGCAAGGUGCUGUCUGCGUACGUGGACGAUGACAGCACCGUCCAGUACGGCAGCUACCUGGGAUACUCGGUGGGAGCUGGCCACUUCAGCAGUCCUUACUCUAUGGAGGUGGUGGGCGGAGCCCCACAGCACAGCCAAACUGGGAGGGCCUACGUCUUCAGGAUACAGGAAAACACUCUGAAGAUCAUCGCUGAGGUUAAGGGCACCAAGCUGGGCUCGUACUUCGGGGCGAGUGUGUGUGCGGUGGAUCUGAACGCUGAUGGACUGUCCGAUCUGCUGGUAGGAGCUCCCCUGUCCAGCACACUGAGGGAGGAGGGGCGUGUCCACGUCUACAUCAACCAGGGAGACACUGAGCUGAGGGAAGCAGAGUUCCAGCUGGUGGGCAGUGAUUCGUAUGCCGCCAGGUUUGGAGAGACCAUCGGUGACCUGGGAGACAUCGAUGAUGACGGCUACCCAGAUGUGGCCAUAGGAGCUCCGCAUGAGGAGGAGUUGGCGGGGGCUGUGUAUAUCUACAACGGCAGGGCCCAUGGCAUCUCUCACACACAUUCUCAGAGGAUCACAGCCUCGGUCCUGGGUCGCCCGUUCAGGAUGUUUGGCCAGUCCCUGUCUGGAGGCAUCGACGUGGACGGAAAUGGUUACCAAGACGUGGCGGUGGGAGCCUUUCUCUCAGACUCAGCUGUCGUACUGAGGACCCGUCCUGUGGUGACGGUGGAGGCGGGGUUGUUCCUGCCCGUGGCGGUGAACCGCUCGGUGGCGCUCUGCUCGGAUGGCGGCUCGCCCGCCGUGUGCGCCAACGUGUCCGUGUGCUUCAGGUUGCGCUCGCGCCGCUACACCGGCUUCAUCGAGCUCCAGUACAACCUGACCGCAGACACCCGCCACAAAGACUCCUUCCCCGCCCGCUUCUAUUUCCAUGGCAACGGGACGUCCAACACCACUAGGGGGCGUGUGAGGGCCAAGCAUGACGAGCAGCCCUGCAUCACACACCUGGCUUUCUUGAGGAGGGACGUGAGAGACGUCUUCACACCCAUCCAGUUCCAGGUGACCUUUGCCCUCAGGGACAACGUGGUCCAGCGGGGUUCUUCCAAAACCUUCCCUCCCCUCAAGCCCAUCCUGCAGCAACGAGGACAGAACAGCAACCACAUAACCAAUCAGACGGAGUUUGCUCGCCACUGCUCUAUGGACAAGUGUUCCACCAACCUGCAGGUGUCUGCCCACCUGGUCCUACCAGAAAAACACCAGAACCUGCCGUACUUUGCGCUGGGCAACGGGAAAACUAUUAUGCUCAACACUACUCUGGUCAACUCAGGAGACGAUGUCUUCCUACCCAGAAUGCUCCUGCGUUUCCCCAGCAACCUGCACUACAUUAAAGUCCUUGAUGCUGAGGAGACCUCAGUGAGCUGUGACCUGGUGGAAGACAACAGGACAGGCGUGGGAGUGGACUGCAGUGUGGGAAACCUCUACCUGGCCUCACAGACCAAGGUGAACAUUAGCUUCCUGUUAGACGUCAACCAAAGCAGCAAUGCCGGUGACAUCAUCAUCCAGCUCAACACCACCGGGGACAACUAUGAGAGUGAGGAUCUUCUUCAUGACAACACUGCCAGCCUCGUCCUGCCACUGCGAUAUGGAGUAGACCUCAAUAUCCACGGGUUUGUGUCUCCUAACUCCUUUAUAUUUGGAGACCAGGAGCCGACACCAGUGGACUGCUACACCGAGAGCUUCAACUACACCUACAAGGUGGUGAACACUGGCCCCAGCAGGGCUCGGAACACCGUGGUGGAACUGGACCUCCCAAAGACUCUGGCCCCUUACCCCUACAGACUGCUGCACAUAGCAGAGCACCAGACAUCCCAUGGAGAGUGUGUUUUGAAGAACUCCACCAUGAGAGUACCGAGGGACUGCGAUGUUCCCAGGUCCUCCUUCAUUCAGGAAAUCACCUUCUUCUUCUCCAAGACAACCAAACGCAAAAUGUUCUGUGGCCAUGGCGAUGACCUCUGUGAGAUCCUAGUCUGUCGCCUAGGAGACCUGGAGCCAGGGAAGGAAGCGACCAUCCAGCUGGGGGUCAAACUAAACCCCACCGUGCUGCAGCUCUCUCCGGGUCGUCAUGGCAUCAUGCUGAUAGAAAGUUCUGGUGUGAUCAAGUCCCCCAGAGAAGACCCCCACACCAUCCUGCUGCAGAGGAGCCCCAUAGCCCAGGUGUAUCUUGAGGCUGUCUUCAACCAGAAGCCCCAGGCAGCGGUGGAGGUCUUCCUCAUAGUGGUCAGUCUGCUCCUGGGUCUGCUCAUCCUGGCUGCCAUCAUCUUCGCCCUCUGGAAGGCCGGCUUCUUCAAGAGGGAGUUUAAGAAGAUGGAGGAAGAGAUCCGGAGAGACAGUUGGGACUAUGUCCCCAAGUCUGAGAGUGUGUCCUAACCAAGGAUGCCUGAGUGUGUGUUAUCAUGAGAGGAUGGAAGAAUGUGUGUGUGUGUGUGUGUGUGUGUGUGUGUGUGUGUUGACAUGUUGGAACAUGUUGCCGUCCACUACUGGUGCUUUACAAAAUGGAAAGAGUGCUCAAGUGGGCCGAUCUACUGCUGGACCAAUCCCAGGCUUGGAGCCCCGUGACAUCAUCUGCCCCGGCGACCAGAGCAGACGAUGAGGUCGG